AUGAGCUUACAGGAACGAUAUCCAGCAUAUGGAGGCCGUGGCCCAGCCGAUCUUCGCUUGGGACUCGGCCUAGGAGCGGUGGCUACGAUAUUUAUGAUCUUGCGAAUCUACGUUCGCCUUCGAGUUAAUAAAUUUGGAACAACCGCCUUGAUUUGGGCUCUUGUUGCUUGGCUUCUAACGACCAUCACACAAUGCUUUGGCGUUAUUUCCAUUCUCCAUGGGCUUGGAAAUAGAAUCGCGAUCGUCGAGGAGGUCGGCCAAUUACAUAACUAUCUUUUAUUCACAUGGAUCACCGUCUUCUUUUUCAACAUGGCGAUCCCGACUGGAAAGGUCGCAGUCGCCGCAUUUCUGAUUGAGAUGAAUGGUCAAGGCAAUCCCAAGAUCCGCCGCAGUUUGAUCGCUGUCGGGGCGGCCAACAUUAUUCUCAGUAUCCCGCAGAUCUUACUUGCUUGGUUCCAAUGCAGUCCGCCAAACGCACUCUGGGACCCUUUACGCCAGGAUCAGUGUAAUCACGUCACGAGUGUACGCUACAGUUAUUUCAUUGGUGCUGUCGCUGCACUCUCCGAUUUCUACCUCGCCAUUAUCCCGGUCACGAUGUUGGUCCCUUUGCGAAUGGAUCGCAAGUUAAAAUGGGGAUUGAGUUUCCUCAUGGGCCUCGGUGUCUUUGCUGGAGCUGCAGCAAUCGUUCGAACUUGGGCGGCAAAAUUCAUUCUCAGUGAUGACCCUUCAUAUGGUGUCGGAAUCCUUUUCCGCUGGGGUGAAGUUGAAGAGUGGAUUGUCCUCAUCUCAAUGUCAAUUCCGCCCGUGUGGCCGCUCUUCAGGCCUAUCACUAAGCGUUUCAUCAAAUCCGCUGGAUAUUCUCGGAGCCCGAAGAAUUACAUGGCAUAUGAUAAGUAUGCUUCGAGGGGGGGAUCUCGCCACAGCUGGCCAGACUCCCGUGGUCACCACCACCAUUUCUGUUUCUUCUGUCAAGGGUGCAUCUGGUACAACUGA